AGGAGAGAGAAAACAUGAGUGUGUACACAUUCUGCAUUGUCCUGCUCUGCCCUUGUUGUUGCUUUGCACAAGAAAUAAAUUGUCAGGCUGAUUAUGUGGCCAAUGGUUUUAUUAUGAACAAGAAAAAUACAUACAGAUUAAGCGACACCGUUGAAGUGGAAUGUAAAAGGGGAUAUUCUCUCGACAAACCAAAUGAAUCUAGGAUAUGUACUUUGAAUGGCUGGUCUCUUCCCCUGACAUGUAUAGAUAAAAUCUGUGACAGACCUGAUCUCCAGAAUGGAAUGUUUUUCUCUGGUGAAUACUUUCCUGCACGAAAAAAUAGUGAUCUUUGGUAUAGUUGUAUUGGUGACUUUGAUCCUGUAUACAAAGAAUCACACAGUUGGUAUUACGGCGUGUAUGGCAAAUCUACUUGCACAGAAUAUGGAUGGAACCCAAUGCCAAAAUGUGUAGCAUUAUGUCGGCGUUCUGCUGCACGAGUCGACAAUGCAGAUAUUUAUCAUGCUAAGAAUCAGUACAAGGAAGGAGACAAAGUUAGAUUCAAAUGUUAUGGAGACUUGAGAACUGAAGAUGGGAGAAAUGAUGGGGAAAUUGAGUGUCUACCCAACCACAAAUUUUCAGAAGCCAGAUGCCUUAGAGGUAAAUCUUGUGAUCAACCUCCAGAUGUUGAGAAUGCAUUUGUUGUUGAAAUGAAACCCCGAUAUCAUCAUGAAGACAGUGCCAAAUAUUCAUGUCAGGCUGGAUAUACAUCUGAAUAUGAUCAAGCAAAAUGUUUGGAAGGGAAAUGGACAAAUGUACCCAAAUGCAUUUAUACAUCUUGUGAAUCAGCUCCAGAAAUAAACAAUGCUGUGCUACUGGAUGAGAAAGCUAAUUAUAGCUCUGGAGAAAGAGCUGUUUAUAUGUGUAACUCAGGUUAUGUUUUUUACAAGGACCAAAAUUCAGCAGUUUGUAAGAAUUCUCAGUGGAUGGAACUGCCAGAAUGUAGAAAACAAGGACAGAGCUGUGGACCUCCCCCUGUGAUACAGUUUGGGGACACACUAGAAAACAGAGAGCCUACCAAUAAACAUGGCACAGUAAUGAAUUAUAAGUGUCCAGAAUAUUACAUACUUGAAGGAAGCAAAGCGGUUAUGUGUAGCCAUGGAAAAUGGGAUGAUCCACCAAUAUGUAUAGAGCCCUGUACUGUUACAGAAAGAGACCUAACCGCUUAUAAUAUUCGACUGAAAUGGCUAAGUGAUAAAAAGCUGUACACCCGCCAUAAUGAGUUGAUUGGAUUUGCAUGUUUAGAUGGCUAUGAAAUAUCUGAUGAGAAGUUGUUAAGAAUACAGUGCAACAGAGGCAACCUACCCUUUCCUAAGUGUAUUAAAAAAGGUUCUUGUUUAUUGUCACUUACGACUAUGGAUGAAAUGCAUAUAUUUGUAAAUGGAAGCACUGAAAUUGAACCUGGCGAAACGGUUAACUUUUUGUGUAAGGAAGGAUGGAUUCCAAAAGAUACAUUGACUCAAGUAUGCAAAAACAGAAUCAUAAAGUAUCCAACCUGUCGAAGCCCCGACAGUUGCCAAAUAUCUCAGGAACAACUAGAGAAUGAGUUGGAACUAGAUUCAAAGGAUAAAGAUUCAGUCUAUUUUGAAGAUGGUGAACGUAUACAAUUCAAAUGUAAAGCUGGCUUUACUAUCACUACUGGCACUGUGGGACUAUGUACAAAAUCACAUGUUACCUAUCCAAAAUGCACUGAUGCAGACAUUUGCAGAUUAUGUCAUGCCCAGCUUGAGGAAAAUGGGUUGGAACUAGAUUCAAAGGAUACAGUCUAUUUCGAAGAUGGUGAACUUAUCCAAUUUAAAUGUAAAACUGGUUUCACUAUCAGUACUGGAACUUUGGGGCUCUGUGCAAAAACACAAAUUACCUACCCAAAAUGCAUUAAAACAUAAGAAUUGUAUAGAUGAAAAUGAAUUCAGCUUUCGGGGACCCAUUUCAAGCACAUACAGACAGUGGUAACUGGAUGAAAAGGAAUGUUACAACUCAUGGCUGAACAAUAAACCUUUCUGUGGCCGUGCAACAUAUGCAUACAUUGAGAUAUUUUAUAUUCUCUUACUUGUUCUUACUUUACCUGUUGACUUUAUAUUUACUGAGGAUGAAAUAUUAUUAUAAAUUUUUAAUGCAGAAAUGAUUGGUAAUCUUUUCCAAGGCUUACUUUUCCAAUGCCUGCUGAAACAGCCUUUAGUGAUUUGCAUGACUUGUAUUUACAAAAUACUGAAUGGUUCAUAAUACUGUGGGCUGGUUUUGAACAUAUUUGCUAAAUUACCAAUAAAAUACAUUUUAAUUUCA